AUGUUGUUUCUUAAUAAUUAGAUCUUGCUUUCUGCCAUCCCUAAUAUUCCUAGUCAAGAAAAAAAAAAUGGCUUCAACUUUUUGUCCAAAGCUUUCAGGAUAUAUUCCUAAAGAUAUCUCAGUAAUAUUUCUUCUGGCCUUUUUGAGAGCAAGAUUUGAAGGGAUUUUUGUUGUACUCUUUAAAAAAAGCAAAUGAGGGAUAGCUCCUCUUCAGUGACAGGCCAAGCUAUGAAAACAUCUAGACCCACAAUCCUUCCUGUGCCAGUGUCAGGCUGCCCCUGAGGACAGGGAAGUCCUGGGGAGAAAGCAUUUUGCCCCGAUGAACACAUGAACUCAACAUUCGUGUGCAUGCUUCCGGUGAGUUGAGAAAUCCAGAUGACCCGAAGAAAGAUUUUCUUGGAAAACAAUAUCCCUCAGAACCCUAUUGCAUAAUGGCUUUUGUUUGAAACUUUUUUCAGUAAGGGAUCUUUUUGCUGAGUGGCUAGGCGUUCUCCAGACAAACCCCCCAACUCUCACAGGUACAGCCCGUUUUGCUGUCUGCUCUCCACCUCCCUCCUGUGACUCGAAGGAGGAGAUUUGAUAGCCCAGGGUGAAGUUUCAACCUCCUGUGGCCACUCCACCCUUAGGUGGGUGCCUAGUCAUGUCAGGAAAAAAAAAAAGCUGGGGGAAGAGAAAGGGCAGGCGGGCCUAGGUGAAGUCAUCCAAUGAAGGUUACUGGCUGAGCAGGGACACCUUCUCACACGACUGGAGAGAGAAUGCGGGGCAGCUGGGCAGGGCUCACUUCCAGCUGCCUGUCACGGUACUGGGAGUAAGAGGUGACCUAUUUAUUUUUAGAAGGGGGCAGUGAUAAUAACCCAGCUCCUAGCUUCAUUCAAGGCAGGCAGGCGCUUUGGAAGUUUGUAAACACCGACUUUCUGAGUAAGGGAGGAGCACUUUUUUUUCCAAAAAGGAAAGAACGUCUCUACUGGGUUUUUUUCCUCCUGAUAUUCAACAUUAGAGUAGAAAAGAAACUAUUGUUUGGCCCCAUUAGCUGCGGUUAGCAGGUGCUGCAGCCUUCGCCACUGUUAUUUUUAAAGGGCAGAAAUGCCUGAAGGUGAAGACUUUGGACCAGGCAAAAGCUGGGAAGUUAUCAAUUCCAAACCAGAUGAAAGACCCAGGCUUAGCCACUGUAUUGCAGAAUCAUGGAUGAAUUUCAGCAUAUUUCUUCAAGAAAUGUCUCUUUUUAAACAGCAGAGCCCUGGCAAGUUUUGUCUCCUGGUCUGUAGUGUGUGCACAUUUUUUACGAUCUUGGGAAGUUACAUUCCUGGGGUUAUACUCAGCUAUCUACUGUUACUGUGUGCAUUUUUGUGUCCAUUGUUUAAAUGUAAUGAUAUUGGACAAAAAAUAUACAGUAAAAUUAAGUCAGUUCUGCUGAAACUGGAUUUUGGAAUUGGAGAAUAUAUUAAUCAGAAGAAACGUGAGAGAUCUGAAGCAGAUAAAGAAAAAAGUCACAAAGAUGACAGUGAAUUAGACUUUUCAGCUCUUUGUCCUAAGAUUAGCCUCACGGUUGCUGCCAAAGAGUUAUCUGUGUCUGACACAGACGUCUCAGAGGUAUCCUGGACUGAUAAUGGGACCUUCAACCUUUCAGAAGGAUACACUCCACAGACAGACACUUCUGAUGAUCUUGACCGACCUAGUGAGGAAGUUUUCUCUAGAGAUCUCUCAGAUUUCCCAUCUCUAGAAAAUGGCAUGGGAACGAAUGAUGAAGAUGAAUUAAGCCUUGGUUUGCCCACUGAGCUCAAGAGAAAGAAGGAACAGUUGGACAGUGGUCACAGACCAAGCAAAGAGACACAAUCAGCAGCUGGUCUCACCCUUCCUCUGAACAGUGACCAAACCUUUCACUUGAUGAGCAACCUGGCUGGGGAUGUCAUCACAGCUGCAGUGACUGCAGCUAUCAAAGACCAGUUAGAGGGGGUGCAGCAAGCACUUUCUCAGGCUGCCCCCAUCCCAGAAGAGGACACAGACACUGAAGAAGGUGAUGACUUUGAACUACUUGACCAGUCAGAGCUGGAUCAAAUUGAGAGUGAAUUGGGACUUACACAAGACCAGGAAGCAGAAGCACAACAAAAUAAGAAGUCUACAGGUUUCCUUUCAAAUCUACUUGGAGGCCAUUAAUCUAGGAAUCAGCUUGCAACAGAGCACAAAAAACACCAAAAAAAUUUCAAAGAAAAAAAAAAAAAAAAAACAAGGAAAAGAAAAAAAUUGAACUAUAAGCUUUAAUGAUUACUUUAGAUUUGUUUUAUUUUCCCUCCUGCAGUGAAUUAAUUGGAUAUAUAUCAGCUGACACUGAUAGAUUGAUAUUUCUGAUCGUUAUUUUUGUGUAAUAAGCAUGGAAAUGAACUUUAUACACACCACUGUGUUGUCAGAGAUAAAUAUUAGGGGUUUUUAAAGCAAAAAGAAACAAAAACCAAAUUAUUAAAAUCCUCCUAUAAAUAUUCUUUUUCUUUACAGUUUUUCAAGCAUGCAAAACAGUUUAUUGUAACUCAUUGAAAAAUAUUAACAAUUAAUUGUGAAUACAUGCCGUUAUCAGCUUCCUUAUUCCUAAUACCUGGAAAUUUUUUUUUUUAAACUGAUAGAUUUUGAUGUAAAAAAGAUCGAAAUUAUCAAGGUAUCUUAGUUGAAGGACUUGGGAAAUACUAUCAAAAUUAAUUUCUUAGGAAAAAAUUUUAAAGUAUAUUUAAGUACUCUGGAUAGACUGAAAUAUUUCCAUGUUAUUUCUGCAGUUGUAGACUUAGGCUUACUUGUAAAGCAGCAUGCUCCACUGACUGCCAUCUCUAGUCUUGCAGUGGGUGGCAUUAACCCACAGAAAGCAAGCAGUUGUGUAUCACAUAGACAAUGGUUGUGACAUAAACAGAUUCAGUUGUUUUGCUGUUCAUUUGUCAUAUGUUUGUGAUAGGGAUGUUGGGAGCACAGCUCUAUUCUGCCUGCUCAGACUUAAGUUAGACCCGUAUCUUUUAUAUUAUGUCAUGAAAAAAGUCUCCUAAAAUUGUGAAACUAGUUAUUGAUAUGAGUGAUGUGAUCAUCAGCAAUAAAGACAUAAUAACUCUGUUUUCUUAGUCUGUAUAGAGGAGAGGAACUUGCUUGGCUUUAAAAUAUAUUUAUUUGCCAUUUAAGUAUAAAUAUGAAAUCUGUUUCUUACUGGGAAGAUAGAGUAUAUAUAUUUUCCUUUAAACGUUUUAAGAUCACUUUUAAAUAACCACAUCUGAUUUAUGGUUUUUAACAAAGGACUAAAGAGCUCACACCAAGCUAAUUUUGUUUUUGUGAUAUAAACUUUCAGUGUCGAGGGACCAUGCCAGCAACUACCAAAAAUCUCUUAAAUCUUCAGGUACAGCUGGCAUUCUGGCAGAUGCACAGAGACAUCUGAGACCCUCAGAAGGGAAGGAUAAUCCAAGAAUAUAGGAAAUCUGUGUUCUCUUCCUUUCAUUUUAUCCCUUAUAUUUCUAAAGACUAAUUAUAAGUAAUCUGACAUUUUAAUGUAGCAACUCUUAUUUAUUUUUUCUUUCUGAGGUAUUCAAAUAUCUAGACUGAAUUUUGCCAAAUGUUAAAGGGAGAAGAGUUACUGAAGACUUUGAACAUUUUUGUGAUUGCUUAUGUCAUUAGUGCCUCAUGACUGUGUUUGAUGUCCUUUAUUGAUACAAAGUGAGCCUGUGCCUUCAUUAUCUUGCCCAUUUUAAUACAAAUGGAAACCUGGUGUUUGAAAAUCUCUGAACUGUGUGGGUUUUGGAGGAAUAUACCUGAAUUUUAUUCAAUAACAGUUUCUGGACAGGAAGAAAAAUACAGUUACAUAUUUAUAAAAUA